AAAUUCACAACUUUUAUCGUGAUUGUCUAUUGGAAGUUUGUCUCAGACACAUCACAUGUCACCUAUCUUGUGUUUGUAUACUAUUCCACGUAAAAUGGCAGGAGAAAUCUUGACUCUGUUUAAUUUUUAUAGGUUUCAUCUUUUAUCAUAAUUAUAGGGUCCAUUAACUGUGGCUUGGUGGAUAACGCCAAUUUAGAUAGGCAAGAGUAAUGAUUUCAGACUACUUAGCAAGCAUAGCAAUGAAUCAACAGAAAGAAAUUAUCAAAGCACAGAUAUGAAUGCGUGAUUUGGUGGAUGAAUAAGCAGGUGACGUGUAAUUUCCGGAUUUUAAUUUACGUUUCAUUUCAUAAAGGUGAAUUUAAAUCACAUGGACUCUAACAAGAAAACAUUCAAAUCAGUUUACAAAUAUCGUUUCGUGGUUUUCGGAUAACACAAUUACCCACCAAUCAAACUUCACACACAUCGCCUGAAACAGUAAAUCGUGGGUCUUACCUGGAGGUUGGCUAGCUUUGAGGAAAAACUUGACAAUCAAAAAAUUCAUACUCUCCUCUAUUACAAAAAUUGGGAACGUAGAAGAUUGAAGGUUACAAUUGCAGGAAAUUUCGAAAUAAUUCACCAAACUAAACACGGCAUAAAGUCUGAGUAGAAACCUCUCAGUGAUUGAUUUAUUCUAAAAAUCGAUGAUCUCAUUUGUUACCUAUCAUUUGUAAAAUCAAAAUAUCAUUCGUAUUAUUUUGCUACAGAUGAAUAUCUAUACUGACAACAAAAUUAUGGAAGAGAAAGGUUUCUUCUACGACAGGCCUUACAUAGUUGAAGAAAAUGUAGUUUUAACUGAUAUUUUCAAUUGUAAAACGUUUGCUUGGUCAUGGUGCGUUGCACACAGCGGGGUGCGUCAUACCGCAAUAGUAUUUUACUUGGAUGGAGUACCCAAGUACACGGUAAACUGGACCCCUGAAAAUGGAGUCAAAUUAUCCAAUCUUUUAUUUGAAGUUAAAGGUCAAUUUGUUUUUGAAGCAGAACUUAUGAAAGACCCGGAAGACAUUGAAUAUAAAGAACCGAUUCAAUCGAUAGAUGUUCAUGAUGAAUUGAAUAUGAAAAACAUUUUGUCUGAAUUGACCAUCUUUCGUUUCAAGAAAUAUUUUAACAGUGACGUAAACGGGAAUGCAGAAAACUACGAUCUGGUAGGUUGUAAUUGCAGAGAUCACGUCGAAUCUGUUUUGUGCAAUAUAUUGCGUGAAAGCAACAAAGCGAAAUUGAUGGAAAGUCUGAAAGAAAUAAACGAACUGCGCAGCCGUUUAUCCCCCGAGUCCACCAUUUACAAACUGGCGUCAAUGGAAGCAAAGAAAUCUCUUAGUUCCUUCAUUGUUUAUGCUUCUCACAACCCUAUGAAACCCGUCUCACUGGGAGCAAGAAAAGCUGCUGGAAGAGUGUUUGGCCAUUAUUAUACGUUUCACUGUUUGUGUCAGGAUAUAAAGCUUUUCGAUACUUCUGUCAAAAUAUUGAAAAAUUGGAUUGAAUUAUUAAAACAAGCAUUCAAAUCUUCCUUCAACACUGACUUGGCCGUAGUUUUAUCCAAAUACGGUGUAGAAAAUAAUGAUGUUGCAGCGUAUAUCGAUUCUCCAAGCACUGUGGGUUGUCGAGACAAAUGCCUAGAACUAUUCGAAACAACUGACGAGAAAUCAUUCGAAGAGGAAUACAAAUGGAUCAAGGCUAUACAAAAUGAUUUUGAAAUGCUGUAUAACGGCCCUACCGCUCUUUCAGCUAAUAUUUCUUGAGCUAUUUCCUAAAUUGCUAUAAUGUUAUCAUUGAAUAUUUUUGAUUAUUUCCGAAGUUGUUUUCUAAUAGUUAAAACAUUUUAAAUUGAAUAACAUAGCUUUGCUGUAACUUUUGUUGUAUAUAUUGAAUAUGGUGGAAUAUAUUAUUUGUAUGCUAGAAUAUAUGGACACAGAAGUCACGUUGAUUGUGCUAUACUUUGACUGAAUAGUUAAAUAAUGGUUACAUAAAAUUGGACGCCGGAGGGAGGGGUAGAAUUAGUAAAUAUUGUAUUGACGGAAGUCAAAGAGUGACUUUGAAAAAUAUUGAUAUCUUGUGAAAGAUUUAUUGGAAGUUGUUAAAUUAUAAAUGUUUCAUACUUGAUUAAAAUUAAAUUUU